AUGACGGGCAUCAAGGCAGCAACCGGUGCAAAGCUCUGGCUCGGGAAUCAGUCUGGUGGCCGGGCAUCAACAACCAGAUUGACACACUGGUGUCUAGCUGCCCUACGUGCGCCGAAACCAGGGUGCAGCUGCUCGGAACCCAUGCUGCUGUCAACCACUCCAACUCGGCUCUGGGAAGAGGUGGACAUCCAUCUUUUUCAUCGGAACGGCCAGGACUACGUCCAUCUGGUGGAUUAUCGGUCACCCUUCCCGGAAGCCAUCAGCCUGCAUUUGACGGCAGCACCUGCUGUCAUCAACGCCAUCAAGAGCGUCUUCGCCCGCCACGGAAUCCCGAGAGUGGUACGCAGCGAUAACGGUCCUCUGUUUGCUGCACGAGAGUUCUCCGCCUUCGCCGAGUCCUACGGUUUCGGCUACGUCACUAGCAGCCCCUAUUUUCCACAGUUGAGCGGAGAGGUGGAACGAAUGGUGAGGGCGGUCAAGAAUCUGCUGCGAAAGGUGGAUAAUCCCUAUCUCGCGCUUCUGGCAUACCGGGACACCCCUGGGGUAAGCGGAGUGAGACCUUCUCAGCUGUUCAUGGGCCGGCACCUACAGACCCGGGUACCAAAGACGUCGCACCAGCGGGACCCAGCCUGGCCCCCGUCGGUCCCAAUAACUCGGCGUGUCCAAGACAAGCGGAGGCCCCAAGCAUCCAACUUCAACAGAAGACACGCGGUUUGCGCACUGCGGCCUCUUCAGGCCGGCGAGCGAGUCUGGGUACAGGACGUCAACUCCCCCGCGAUCGUCGUGGGACCAGCAAAACGCCCCCGCUCCUACGUGGUGAAGAGUGCGACGGGUGUACUCCAGUGCCACCGGAUGCACCUGGUACCAACGACGGAAGGUUCAGCAGAAUGCACUACCAGCCCACCUAGAACUCCCGCGGCGGCGCAGACCGCCAUGUCCACAACAACGCCUGGAUCCGAUCGUACAGCCCAAAACCAGAGAACCGCAUCGCCUCGGGAAAGCACCUCCACUGCAGAGGCACCCCGUGGUUCUACUUCUACGCCAUACGUCUCAAAGUUCGGAAGAAAGAUCCCCACGCCGAGAAGGCUCGACCUGUGA